AUGAAAAGAGAGGAUUUGGAGGAGAUACAAGCAAUUUAUGCAAGUUACGGAGAGGUUUUUGAUCUAAAUAACGUUAAUGGCCGAAGUUUGGAUAUGUCGAGAUGUAUUAUUGACAUACAAAGCACCUUGUUUGGGUAUCCGGAAGUGAAGAACAUGCAUUUUCUGGUGGAAGAGUGUAUAAGCCAGGCAAUAGGUGAUAUUAGAAGCCAUCAAGGCGAAGGCGAGAGUGAUGUGCGUAGGACUGCAGAAUGGACAUCAAUAGCAAAGAAUGUCAAGAAAGUUCAUUCAGCAAUUGAGAAGUAUGACUCUGUACAGGCUGCGCAAUGCCGCAAGAUCAGCACGAUAUGUGCCAGAGAGCUGAGAAGGGGGCUUUCGAAAACGUCGAAAACAAACCCGGCUCUUAAGUCAAAGAAGAUAUUCAGAGAGCUGUCAGGCCAUAUUAAGAAGACGGAAAAGAAUAUCAAGGAUAAGACGAAGAAGGCCGAGAAGGCCGAGCUUGAGAGGAAGAAAAAGGAGAUGGAGGAGAAGGAAGAGCAGAGGCAGAAGAGAAAGUUUGAGUAUUUGCUGAGCCAAACAGAAAUAUUUUCUCAUUUUAUUCUUAAGAAGAACAAGUGCAGCAGCACUGCAGAAAAGGAUGAUAUUGAGGAAUACGAGGAUAUGCGUGGAUACGAAGCAGCGAUUCUUCAAAAGGAGAAGCUGAAGGAGUUUGACUUGGAUAUACCGUCUAAGAAGUACAAAGAAGCAAAGGCAGAUGAGGAAACGAGGUAUGUAUCACAGCCAAGCAUUUUAGUAUGCAAGCUAAAGGACUAUCAGAUCAAGGGAUUGAACUGGCUGGUGAGUUUGUAUGACAAGGGGAUUAAUGGGAUUCUGGCUGAUGACAUGGGGCUGGGAAAGACGGUGCAAUCGAUUUCUUUACUUGCAUAUUUGUAUGAGACGGAAGGAAUAUCAGGACCGUUUUUGGUGGUUACUAUUUCGUCUACUCUUGACAACUGGGCACAGGAGUUUGCGAAGUUUUUGCCGAAUUUCCGAAUAUGCCGGUUUUCUGGAUCACCGAGCGACAGGAAGGAGUUGAAGAAGCGAUUCAAGGAUUGCGAUGUAGUGAUUACGACGUAUCAGACAGCGGUAAGUGAUGAGAGAAUGCUGAGGAAGAUCAAAUGGCAGUAUAUGAUUCUUGAUGAGGCACAAGCAAUCAAGAGCAGCUCAUCGCGAAGAUGGAAGGUGCUUUUGGGGUUUAAGGCGCGAAACAGGCUUCUUUUGACAGGAACGCCUAUACAGAAUUCGAUGCAGGAGUUAUGGGCGCUUUUGCAUUUCAUAAUGCCAACUCUCUUUGACUCUUUGAGUGAGUUCAGCGAUUGGUUCAGCAAGGAUAUUGAGGCGUCUGCAACUUUGAGAAAGAGUGUUGAUGAAAAGUCAUUGCAGAGGCUUCAUGCCAUUUUGAGGCCUUUUAUGCUUAGAAGGCACAAGUCUGAUGUGAUGCAUGAGCUGGGGCAGAAGACACAGAUUGAUUUACAGUGUGAACUGAGCUACCGGCAGAAGGAGCUAUACAAGGAGAUUACAAGGUCGUGCAAUAGUAUGGAGAUGGAGAAUUUAUUGAUGCAGCUAAAGAAGGUAUGCAAUCAUCCAGAUCUUUUUAAGAAGCUGGAGCCCACAUGUGGAUUGAGUCUUGAGGUGAGUGAUGGAAUAGGCCAUGCUGUUGUAUUUGGACGAAGCAAGAUUAAUGUCAAUGUUCCGAGCCUUAUAGCAAACGAUGUUGUUGAGAUGUGCCAUAGAAAGGAAAUAGAGCUGAUGAAUAAGAUUAAGAGGAUAAGAAUGCUUUUUAGAGCGGGGGAGUGUGAGAAUUGGUACAUAAAUCAGAGCUUGGACUAUAUGUACAACAGAGAUGUGCUUAGAAGUGCUAAUGAUGUUUGGAGCAGCAUAUUGAAGAAGAUGGAAUGCAUGGAAAAGGUUGUGAUUGAAAAUGAGAUAUCUAAGCUGAUUUCUGAGGAAAAAUUCUGUAUGCAAAGAUACAUUUGUUGUAUAAGCCCGGUGAUUGCAACUGCACCAAGGCUUGUUUCGAGCAAGGUGCUUCUUCCGCAACUUGAUGUUGAAGGGCUGUAUGUGCCAUUAGAUAUGACGAUAUAUAUGCCACCUCUGAAUACAUUUAUUAGUGAUAGUGGAAAGCUUGUUGUUCUUGACGAGCUACUGCCGAAGCUGAAAUCUGAGGGACACCGGGUGCUGAUUUAUUUCCAGAUGACUAGGAUGAUAGACUUGAUAGAGGACUAUCUUGUAAAGAAGGGGUAUAGCUAUCUGAGGCUAGAUGGUAGCCUAAAAGCAUCUAGUCGUGCCGAGGUGAUCAAAGAUUGGCAAACGAAUGAUAGGUUUAUAUUUUUGCUGAGCACUCGUGCAGGAGGGCUGGGGAUUAAUCUGACGGCAGCAGAUACUGUUAUAUUCUACGACAGUGAUUGGAAUCCAACGGCUGACCAGCAAGCGAUGGACAGGGCGCAUAGGCUGGGCCAGACACGAGACGUUACUGUGUACCGGCUUAUUACAAAAGGAACAGUUGAGGAAAGGGUGCUUGAGAGUGCGAAUAGAAAAGAUGAGAUUCAGAAGAUGGUAAUACAUGGGAAUGUAUUUGAAGGAGAGAAUUUCUGA